AUGUACGGAAACGACCACAUACCCGUUCACCACGUCACGGGCUCAGGCCCAAACCCACACCCGAAGCCCAUAAAGCGCCAUCAUUCCACCAAAUACUACCUCCAACGUGUCCAAGACAGCCUCACAACCCGUGUCUCCAAAAUGGUCUGCACCAUCUUCUUAAGCCUCCUCGCAAUCAUCGGGCUCAUCACCUUCAUCGUCUGGCUCAGCCUACGUCCACACCGGCCCAGGUUCUUUCUCCGUGACGUCACCAUUGCGGGCCUUCAGGCCCAAUCCGGAGUCCAAACAGCCCAACUAGCCUUCAAAGUAGACGCACGGAACUCCAACCUAAAUAUUGGGGUUUACUACGAGUCUAUGACUGGGACGGUUUAUUAUCGAAAGAACGUUAUCGGCUCAACACCGAUACCAUUUCCGUCUUAUCAGGGUCCAAAGAACACGACAAAAAUUAAUGCAGUUUUUACCGGUCCAACCUUGACUGUCAGCAAUCAAGGUUGGACGGAAAUCCAGAACGAUAGGGCUGAUGGUAGUGUGAUGUUUAGUUUGGAAUUGACGUCUGUGAUUAAAUUUAAGAUAUCCUCGUGGGAAAGCCAGCGCCACAAGAUGCAUGCUAACUGUGAUGUGGGUGUCGCAGCCAAUGGUUCUCUCUUACAUAUUUACAAAGACAAGAGGUGUCCAGUUUACUUUGAUUAA